GAGAAAAAAAAAAGGCUUACAGGCAGCUCCACCCCUCCUCACAUUUAUAGUGCUUUGCCAGCAAGCGCUCAUUGAUUGUCUUCAUGAUGGCCAUCAUCUCUCUGCUCCUGCUGGCCUCUCUGCUACCACAGCUGACCUUCACUGCUCGUGUGGAUGUGGGUAUAGUGAAUGGCAAACAAGCAAAACCCCACUCCAGACCUUACAUGGUGUCUGUUCAGUUGACUAAGAGACAUACCUGCGGUGGAUUCCUCAUCUCUGAUGAGUUUGUCAUGACUGCUGCACAUUGCUGGAAAGGAUAUCCAGAGAUUCUGACGGUUGUGGUUGGUGCUCAUGACUUAAGGAAAAGUGAGAUUUCAGACCGUGUCGAAGUGAAGUCCUACAUCCCACAUCCAUACCAUACAUUCUGUUCGCAUCAGAAUGAUAUCAUGCUUUUGAGGCUACAGGAAAAGGUCAAACUAAAUAACGAUGUAAAAUGGAUAUCAUUACCAAAGGAAGAUGUUAGUGGAGAUACUCUCUGUAGUGUUGCGGGCUGGGGAACUGACAUAACUCUCUACAGGAAAAGGUCAAACUAA